AUGGCCGCUGAAGAGAACAAGCAGUCAUCUCAGAUGAAAUUUACGAAGACGGACACGGAAUACAAUAUGAAAUCUGUCAGGUUUCUGUUGUUGACCAUCACGGCGAUGUUUAUUGCAAUUGGUCUAUUGAUGAUCAUACUCGGAAACAGCGUGUACGCUCACUACCAUAGCUUCACAUUCUUCUACGAGCAUAGAGUGGGCAGUUACGUUACACCUUCAGCACUUUGCGUGUUCGUGGGACUGGCGUUAUUAAUUGUCUCCGUGUUUGGUUUCUUCGGAAGUCUGAAGAGGAGCACCUGUUUGGUCAAUAUUUAUGCUGUGAUCCUGACUUUGGUUUUCAUCUUUAAACUAGUAAUCGUAUGUAUGGCAUUCACAAUGGACGCGGAAACACUGAUUAAUAGCUUUGAUAUUCCUGUCUGGAAUUUCGAGGAUCCCGAAGUACAGGCUGAGGUGGAUUAUUUACAGAGCAGUCUCGGAUGCUGCGGAAGCAACGAUUACACCGAUUACAUUGGUGCAGAUUUCCCGAGCAAUAGGUCGACCGUGGUGGCGUCCAAAUUGGUAAAUGGCGAUUUAAUCUCCAUAAUCCUACCGGCCAGUUGCUGCUUAAACCAAAACGAGCAGUUCUGUUCACGCAUGUGGUCUACAGGAUGCAAACGAGCGUUGGCUAACGUGAUGGUACAGAAUGCCAUUGUCAUCGGAGUCCUUGGAGUGUCGGUGAUGUUCAUUAACUUACUGGGAAUUAUAUUUGCUCUGCUCCUAGCCCGUAGCAUCCGAAAGAUGAAGAGCGAGAAGGCAAUGAUGGUGUGGAAGAUCAAGGAACAAAUGAUCAUGGCUCGCCAGGCUGAGGAAGAGCAAAAGAAGGAACAGCCUGACCACGUAUAUAUUACGCCCCCAGCUACUAGCUUAGCUUAA